AUGAUUAAAAAUCCAUUGUACGUCUACGGUGACCAAAAUGCAAUUAAAGUUCCCUCACAUUUGAAUUAUGGAAAACAUCUUCUGGCGACAUUGGACGGCUACAAUGACACUGCAGCUAUCAUUAACGCCGAAACCGGUGAGACGUUAUCGUAUAAAGAACUCGCGCAACAAGCUGUCGAUAUCGCACUCUCUCUCGUACAUAUGGGUGUACGAAAGGGACAGGUGGUUAGCAUUUGCAGUGAGAAACGGAUGGAGUUCAUGCCCACAAUUUUAGGCAUUGUUUGCGCAGGAGCAACUUUUGCCGCUGCUGACGUCACAGGCGGGAGAGCAACAAUUCUCCACAGAAUGAAUCUAGCCAAGCCAACAGUCAUGUUCUGUUCACCCGCCGCUUAUGAGAUCCAUAAAGAUACUUUGAAAUCUGUCGAAUCGAUUGAAAAGAUUAUAAUUUUUGGUGAUCAGGCUACGGAUAAUGCAAUAUCAUUCAAGGACUUUUUGACUAAGCACGCCGAAAUUGAGGAGUUUCUACCAAUCGAAGUAAACGGCUGGGAAGACCUGGCAAUCAUUUUGUAUUCUUCAGGCACUACUGGGUUGCCUAAAGGCAUUCCACUAACACAUUUGAAGUUGCUACUCAUGUUAGCAGAUACAGGUGCACCGAGGUAA